AUGACUAUGGGAAUUGGCAAGCUCAAUGUUGACGACUGGAUCAUAUACGACAACCUUUUCCUCGAUGAGCAUAAACAAAAGUUGGAGAGGUUACAAGAUCCAGAGGUUCGCCCCAUCAUCUUUCAACACCAGGACGGCACCUAUGAGGCAAGCAAAGAGGCCUUGGGGAUUAUUAUCCGUUACAUUACUACUCGAUACCCGGAUAUAUUCAAAGUCGAAGGCGACUAUCUCCAUAUACCCUCACUAGGAGAAUUAUAUCGAAUACAGGAACCGUUUGACCGGCAUCCUUUGGAGGUCGCCGGCCUGAUAGUGUAUGAGGAUGUGUAG